AUGGUGAUAAUCACCGGGUACCACCACCGGAAAACGAUCACCGGGUACCACCACCAGACAAUAAUCACUGGAUACCACCACCUGACAAUGUCUAAGAUGAAGAUUCACGACACUACCGCAUUCAGGAGAUAUGUUCGUGUAUCUCCUGAGCAGUUUGACUACUUGUUGAGCCUCAUGAGACACAGGCUACAGAAGCAUCCCCAUGGCCGUCCAGCUCUGGAAUCAGCACAUCGAUUGGCCAUCACUCUGAGGUAUCUUGCGUCUGGAAGCUAUCUCAGCAGUGUGGCAUACAGCCUCCGCGUUGGAUUCACAACGAUCAAGAGAAUUGUUUACGAAACAUGCACGGCAUUGUGGGAGGAACUAAUGCCCAUCUACCUGCCUAACCCUACACCAGAGGUGUGGGCACAGUCCGCCGUGCACUUUGAAGAAAGGUGGGCAUUCCCAAACUGUCUUGGUGCUGUAGACGGGAAGCACAUAGUUAUCGAAGCCCCAAAGCAUGGAGGGUCCAUGUUUUAUAACUACAAGGGGUCACACUCCAUGGGUCAUGGAUCAGGGGUCACACUACUGAUGGCCGUAGCUGAUGCCAGCUACAGGUUCCUGUUUGUUGACAUCGGAGCUUAUGGCUCUCAGUCCGAUGGAUGUAUAUUCAAGGCGUGCACACUGGGCAGGGACAUUGAAGCUGGUGGCCUGGGACUCCCAGCACCAAGGGCGCUUCCUGGAUCAUCCCUGGAAGCCCCCUAUGUGUUUAUGGGGGACGAGGCCUUCCAGCUACGUCCAGAUUUCAUGCGACCAUUCCCGGGCACAGACUUGGACGACACCAGGAGAGUGUACAACACAAGGCUCUCACAUGCCAGACGGUGUGUAGAAAAUGCCUUCGGGAUCCUUGCCUCCCGAUGGCGCAUAUUCAGAAGACCUCUGAAUGUCAAGGUGGAGAACGUCGAGUUCUUGGUCCAGGCUUCCAUCGUCCUGCACAAUUUCCUUAGAGCGCAGGAGGAGGCAGCUCCGGGAGGGGAGACAUAUUGUCCACCGGUCGUGUGCUCUGUUAUGCAUUUUGUUCCUGAAUCCGUGCACGAGCUCUAUUACGACAAAGGGUAA